AUGGAAGAUGAAGAGCGUACUCAUCGUGAUGCCUAUUUUCAAGAAGAGUUGGAGUCUCUGAAGACAAGUGUGGCUCGCCUCACUAGCUUACUCGAGCAAACACUGAGAAAUACCUCUAGUUCAACAACACCUACACCAGUCCCUGCAGUCAUGGAUGCAUUUGCUAACGAGUCCCACAAGGCCAAGUCAUCUGAUAGCAUUGAUCAAGAUAAGAUGGAGGUGCUGGAAGCUAGAAUCAGAGUAAUUGAGGGGGUAGACUUAUAUGAUCCAGUACGGGUAGCAGAGAUGUGUCUGGUCCCAAAUGUGGUUGUCCCAAAAAAGUUUCGUGUUCCGGAGUUCAUCAAAUAUAGUGGAACACAAUGCCCCAUGACUCAUCUCAAAUCCUAUUGCAAUAAAAUGACAGAAGUAGUACAUGAUGAAAAACUACUGAUGCAUUUUUUUAAAGAUAGCUUAAGUGGGGCAACAUUGAGCUGGUAUAUGAGAUUGGACAACAUAAAGAUUCGGAGAUGGAAAGACCCGGUGGAUGUUUUUAUCAAGCAGUACAAGUACAACAUAGACAUUGCUCUUGACGGAACCAACUUGUCCAAUCUAGAGAAAAGGGACAAAGAAAGCAUAAGGGAAUAUGCCCAAAGAUGGCGAGAAUCAGUUGCUCAAGUCCAUCCUCCACUUUUGGACAAGGAGAUGCUCACUUUAUUUGCCAACAUGCUUAAACACCAUAUUAUAAGCAUGCGAUGGCCACCUUACCCUAGCUGGUACAAGCAAGAGCUCACUUGCGAAUACCAUGCUGGUGUCGCUGGACAUAGUAUCCAUACUUGCAACACCUUCAAGAGAAAACUUUUGCAAUUAAUCAAGGCAGGGUGGAUAGCAUUGGAAGAUGCUCCUAAUAUGAACACGAACCCUCUACCUAAUCAUGCUUGA